GCUGUAAACGAACAGUUCUCAUGUCAUAUUGAAAGAGGAUUUUUUGUGUUGCAUACUAAUUAUUUUUAAUGAUUUUUUAUUGAAAUCCGUGGUAUUUAUUCGAUUGAUUUUUCUUUGACAACUCAAGAUUUAGGUGUUGACUGAAAAUAUAUUUUUAUAGUUGUCGUUUGUAUCGAAAUUUUUGGAGCAAACUCCAGCAACUUCGAAAUAUUUUCAUCCUAAUAUUACAUGAAAAUCUUAAUGUUGUAAGAUAUUUUUUAAGAGAGAAUCGAAACUUUGCUUUCCCGUGAAACAUUGACACGAACAUUUAUUAUGAUAAGAAAACAACUCAAUUUUUUAGUCACUCCAAAGCUUACGAAUUGAGAAAUCUUUUACACAAAAUACCUAGAACCAUAGACGGUAGGUCCUUUUAAAAUUUCGCGAGUAAUCAUUCAAGAGUGUCCUGGAAAUGUACUCUGAAUGAAUAACAAAAAAAAGUGAAUGUAAAAUGCGAUACCACGACCCUAAUCUUUUAGAAAAAAUCUUUAAAGUAAAAAUGAACUUGCUGCAAUUUCAUCAAAAGUUUGAAUUGCGGAAUUUCAUAAACGUCCAGCCACUUCGUUUUAGUUGAUCGUUUCGGAUUGCUGUUCCAAAGAUAUUCAGCCAGAUAAUCUAAGCCGUUAAAAUGAGAUUUUUGCACUCGAAGGACACCCAAAUUCCGAGCCUCGUUUAACAUUUUUUCCAGCGCUGUUAAUAAAAUUGGAAAUAUUUCUCUGUCGAGAUAAUUCGCAGAAUAGUCUGCCACAAGGAUUUUUUAUUCCUAUUAUUAUGUGAUUUUUCUGAUUCGUCGUCCGACUCUCGAGAUUCGUUUCCUGUUUCACUCCUGCUGACUGAUUCGACGUCACAGACGCAUGUCGAUUCCUCAUCGAGAGUCUUCGAUCGACUCGUGUUUCGAGGAGAUACACUUUUUGCCAUUCAACGCACGCAAAUUGGUAAAAUUCACGCGGCAGAGGUGUCAAAGUAAACGUCAAGUACUAACAUACCCCUCGAAAUCGGACGAGGUAAGAGCUGCGAAACGAGAUCAGUGAUUUCGAACUUCAAAUUUAGCGUACAAUGUGUGGGAUAAUCAAAAGUCGUGGUUGAGAUUUUUUUAAUUUAUGGAAAUAUAUAAAAGAUAACAUAUUUUGGAGAAAUUUCUUGGAGUUUCAAUUAAGAGGAUGCCCAAAUGCAACAUGAGUGCUACAAGCUUUGUCCUCGAGUCAGAGAACAGCUGCGAAAAGCUCGUGAAGCUGAAGAAACAUCGGAUGACAGCGAAUCAGGAUCGUACGAAGGAAUUGAAGGAGUGGCUGGGCCAUCGGGAGUGAGAAGGAGAGGAAGUGAGAGUAGCAGCCAUUAUUCGUUGGAUCAACCAAAUAAAAAACGAGAACAAUUAAAUAAAAGGCCACCUACAAAGCGGAAUGAGUCGACGAGAAGGAAAAAGGAAGAAAAAGUUGUAAAAAAGAGGGAUCGCGAGGCUCAGGGACCAUCGAAAAAUCGACGUAAACGAAAAGGCGAAGAUUCGAGGAAAAAUGAAACUGCCAAUUGCGACCGAAAUUGUCGCGGAAUUGGCCAACCCACGACGAAAAUAAAAAAUAAAAAGCGACAAGAAACAUUUGAUGAGUAUAUUAUCAACAAGGGCUUAUGUUAUUUCGAAGAUUUAUGCAAUUGUAGUUACGCAUGUUUUAUCAACCAAUUAUGGAAAGAUUCGUUCGUCACAAGCACAAUUGCAUCCGCUGCUCUUUUCGCUAUUGGUCUUAAACUUUGCUGCGAAAUGGAUGGUUGGAGCAUAUAAUUUUAAAAUAAACGACUCUUUGAAGAUUU